ACAAUAACACUUCCGGCUUCUGUUCCAGCGCGUCAGCUUUACCAAGCGUAGCACCGAAAACCUUUAAACAUUUGACAGUUAAUUAUAGUAUUUAGACUUUGUGUCAUACUUUGUUUUUAUAUACCUAGUGUUGUUUUAGUGUUCAAUUAUGUCAUCGCUCAUUGGCACAGUUGACGAGGAGUGCAACGGAAAAGAUACAGGGGAUCAGGAUCCACGCGUGCUCAUCCCACAACUCUGCAGACUUUUUUAUGAACUGGGAUGGGUGACUGGCACAGGGGGAGGAAUAAGCCUGCGGCAUGGUGAUCACAUUUAUAUAGCCCCCUCUGGUGUUCAGAAGGAAAGAAUACAACCGGAAGACUUAUUUGUGUGUGACAUAGAUGAGAAGGACAUCAGCUGUCCACCUCCGCAUAAGAAGUUUAAGAAAAGCCAAUGCACACCCCUCUUCAUGAAUGCCUACACAAUGAGAGGAGCUAAAGCAGUUAUUCAUACACACUCAAAGGCUGCUGUCAUGGCAACACUUAUGUUUCCUGGCAAGGAAUUUCGCAUCACACAUCAGGAAAUGAUCAAGGGGAUUCGAAAGGGAAACUCGGGCACAAACUACAGGUAUGAUGACACUUUAGUUGUUCCUAUUAUUGAGAACACACCUGAGGAGAAAGACCUAAAAGAGCGCAUGGCACGAGCCAUGGAGAUGUACCCAGACUCCUGCGCUGUCCUUGUCCGCAGACACGGGGUCUACGUUUGGGGAGAGACCUGGGAGAAAGCAAAAACCAUGUGUGAAUGUUAUGACUACCUGUUUGACAUAGCAAUUAAAAUGAAACAAUGUGGCCUGGACCCUUCAGCUCUUCCCACUGAAGCUGAAGGCAUUGUUUGACACAUAAAUCACUUCAGACAACAAAAUCAGAAAGCACUGUUUUACCAAAUAUGAUUGUGUAACAUAAGUUUCCAGUACAAACAACCACAUCUGGACACAGACCUAUCAAUCAACAUGCAUACAGCGCUGCUAUGUGCAGAUAAUGUGCAAGGGACAAUGUUCGGUUAUCAUGUGUUAUCUACUUUUUUUUUAAGGGCUUAGGGCAGGGGUAGGCAAGUUCGGUCCUAGAGAGCCGCAGUCCUGCAUAGUUUAGCCUAAGCACUGAUAAUCUAACCUGAUGUCUAAAUCCUAAAGACAUUGAUUAGCUUGUUCAGGUGUUUUUGAUUAGGGUUGGAACUAAACUCUGCAGGACUGCGGCUCUGUAGGACCGAACUUGCCUACACCCGGCUUAGGGCAUCAUAUUUUUUGAAAAUGUGGGAUUAAGUGUGUGAUUAAGUAAACAUUUGCAUUGGAAUGAAAUUUGUUUAAGAGCUUUACAACUAUACAAUAUAUUUUUUUCAAUUUUAAACAAUGUCAGUAACUUGGUAAUAUGACACGUUCUCAUGAAACCACCUGGAAUUGCUAACAUGCCAGUCGACAGCAUUUAAAUAUAAAUUCUGAAGGUAUAUCAUUAUAGACCAAGGUCUUGGCUGUUCAGCAAUUUACCGGUGCAACCUCCCCUGUUUGUAUUUUUUUCAUAAAAUAGGUUUUUUCCAGUUAUUACUCAACGUGUACUUUAAGCCUAAAUAGAAAAAGUAAUGAUUUUUUUGUUUAAUAAACAUAUUUUUGUAUUAA